UUGCAGUUAAAGCUGCUUUGAUUUUUAUUUAUUGUAUGAAAUUGAAACCGCGUAUUAUAUUGUGUAAGGCAAAUAUCCUAAUUUCUGUUCACUGGCUUAUUUUCUUAUAAUUGUAAGAUAAAGAAAAAUACUGUGAUAUGAUAUUUCAUGCAAAAACUUAUUCAUAAUGCAUACACUUCAAGUGUGUAUCAAAUACACUAUUUCAAAGUUGUUGAAGAGAUAGGAUACUCGCGAUAAACGAUUACGUAACCGCUAUUGCAGCGUAAAACAAUUUGUAUCAUUUCGCAACCUGUUACAACAAACGUUUUUUCAAUUAUCUCACUUGACGUUUACGCAAUAUACUCAGCAUGCUCAGCAGUUCCUGAUCCGUUACUAGUAACUAUACAACAAGGAAAAUAGACUCGACAGUCUUGAGAUGAAUAAAAAUCCGUGUAAGGAAAGAAACAAAGGAUACAAUCCAAAAGUCUGCCUCGGAUGGACCCAAGAAUGGAUGUCCCCAAGACGAAUCGGGAGAAACAAAUUUCUAAACGUCCGCGAGAUAGUCCGUGGACCAUUUUCAUCGCCAAAAUUGAUAAGAACGAGACCCUUCGUCUCAUGUACGUCCGGUCAACAAUUCAGAACCAUAAGCGACGAUUGUUGCUCCGUGCGUCGGGGUAUCCCCGAUGCUUGGCGAGAAUACUUGGCGUGCAGAGGUCUAUGUGGCACGGCAGAGAUAACUGUAUUGCGAAAAAAUUUGAUACCUUCUUGUAUCAGAAGCAUAGCUACCGAUAGACUCUGGAACGAGGCGGGCUUGCCCCUUAUACAGGGAAUUCCUGAUCCGUUUAAAAGUAAAUCCGUUCGUCAUUGUAACUCCAAUAAAUACUUGCGGCAGCGACGAUCUCGUAGCAAAUAUUUUUAUUCACGGACCGGUUAUGUUUACGACGGAGACGACGAGGCUGAAAUAGAACGCGGCGCGGAGUGUCAAUUUAAUAAAAAAGGUCUGCUCCAAAAGAAGCAGAAGGAAUUAAAUUUAACCGAACGAGAAUCACCGAGUAAGCGAGACAAGAAAGAUGAUUUGACAGUUUUAAAGGAUGAGAAGACGCUUGUUACAUCGAAUAAAAUAGCAGAACUUAGUCAAAGUAGGAAAAGAAAAGGCGAUGAUGCCGAAAAAAAGACAAAUAGUACCAAGAUUGAAUUGAGGCCGACUAUUCGUCGAACUCCAGAAAAGGCUCACGUACACAAUCCAAAAGUAUCUUUACCGAAAAAACGAGAAGGUGCUUCAAAUGUUAAAAAGAAGAUUCAGACAGAAGUUAUGAAAAAGACAAGUGCAGCUGCGCAAACUGAUCGAACCGUGAAGCCAAGAAUCGAACAGGUACAAGAUCCUCUGCCAAGCAGAAAUCUUGGGAUGAAUACUUCGAAUUCUACGUGGCCUCAUGCCGUCUGUUGCAAUUGUCUGUUACAAAAUUAUAUGACAUACCUUUCAGGGUUUUCAAAUCGUUUAAAAGACCCAGCGAAUCACGUAUUAUGCCAAAAUUGCGAGAACGCUUAUUACAAAAAACAACAGUGUAAAAUACCGGCAAGAACGACGGGCCGUUAUUGUACGCCGGAUCUGAGAAACUAUCCAAAUCCAAGACCACCAACGAUUUAUGAAUGGACAAAAUUGAAGUUUUGCGAUUGCGUGCAAAAAGCGAGAGGCCGAUUUGGUACCGAGGAACCGGAUCGUUGCAAAAUUAAAACGAGACACACAUUCGUUUCUAAAGAAGAGAUGAAACUAAUUUGUUAUCGCUGCGAUAGUCCUUAUCUGAGGAUUCAGAACAAGCAGGUAAAGAGUCUCCGUCAAAAGACAUGUCCUUGCAAGAAGAAAAAGUGGAGAGUUGAACAGAAGAAUCUCAAGGAUCCUACUUUGAAAAGUUCAACCGCGAGGAAACGAAGGCGCAGUAUUUCGUGCUCUAGCAAACGUUGCGGGACGUGCAUUGGAAACAAAGAUUAUGUUUACCAGCCAAACCUUGAGCAAUCAUCGAUUAUCACGUAUAAGAACAAUGUGGUAAAAGAUACGGAUCACCAGCCGGAGGAAAAUGGUUACAGACUGGAAGUACAGGCACUGUGCGAAGACGUGCGACGAAACGAGGGCAAGAAAGAAAAAUCGAGAGUUGCUAAUAGCGUAGAAGCUUAUAUUGCACCGUCCCAUCAGAGGGAUUCCAGCGUCACGAUAUUAUAUCUCGCAUCAGAUAGUGGAGAGGACGCAGACAUAUCUGACGACACAAAAGAUGAAAGAGGCUGCGUCAAAUGAAUGGAAUCGACUGAAGGAUAGCUCGUCAAAUCUUGACAGCUAUGUUUACAAGUACGGUAACAAAACGUGUGAAAAUCGAAAGAAAUGCGAUGACUAUA